AUGCCCUCCGCCACACCCCAACUCUACCAGUACGAUCACGUCCCAGAGACCAAGGAAAACCUAGACUUGACUGAACUUCCGACCAUUGACCUGUCGAAAUACGGCACCCCUGAGGGCAACAAAGAGCUUGCCUCCACCCUACUCGACGCAAUCCGCACCAAGGGAUUCUUUUAUGUGACAAACUUCGGCAUCCCUCAAGAAGAUGAGAAGCUCAAGUAUGAGCCGGACCUAGAAAACGGCGACUACAAUGGCUACCGCCCCGCCGGGCGCCGGCUGCUGAGUGGCGGUGUACAGGACAAGAGUGAGGUCUGGAACAUGGCGACAAACGACGGUCACAUCACCCAACCUCUCCCGGAACUUCUGGACAGCAACAAGGCUGAGAUCGAGGACUUUGCCAAAUCCCUCCAUGACAAGGUUCUCGAUCCCCUCAAUCACUUGAUUGCCUUGGCACUUGAGCUUCCCGAGGACUUCUUCGUCAACCUGCACCGUUGGGAUACGCACGACGAGUCCCACCUGCGCCACAUGAAGUAUUCCAAGUUCAACGAGGAGGAGAUCGCCAAACUCGACGACGGGCUCUGGUCACAAGGCCACACUGACUUGCGAACCAUCACUCUCCUGUUCAGACAACCUGUUGCGGCUUUGCAGAUCAAAGACCAUGAGACCGGACAAUGGAAGUGGGCCAAGCCCCUUGAUGGCAGCCUGACCGUCAACACCUGCGAUGCCUUGAGCUUCUUGACCGGAGGCUACAUUAAGUCCACGAUCCACAGAGUGUCGCUCCCACCCCAAGACCAGCGCCAUGUCGACCGCCUGGGUCUUCUCUACUUCUCACGCCCACAGAAUGACCUGCAGCUGAGCACUGUCAACUCGCCGGUGCUAAAGCGAGAAGGCUUCACGCAGAAUGAUUUUGAAGCUGGGGGUCACAGGGUGCCUACCAUGGGCGAAUUCACAAAGCUCAAGUAA